AAGCGACAUCAAUGGGUACUUGGUAAAUGGUGGGUUAAUGGUCAGGGACAAAAGUUAUAUUUCUUGACUUGUGAUCAUUCAAAACCUGAUGACACUGGUAUUUUACUUGAAACAAUGUCUCCUCAUAAUCAUAUGGAAACUUGUUCUUGUUUCACUCUAAUGUGCAAUCAAUCGCCGGUUACUCCUGAUCAGAGUUUAAUAACCUCCUGCCCAUCUUAA